ACUGGACCUGUCUUAUAAGAGUUGAAUGUUCAUCUUGUCAUUAUUGUACUGCCGUAUAUUAUUUAUAUGGUCUGUCUUUGAGUGGACUGUUUGUGAUGACAGUGUCAAGUUACGAACCUGCUCGACAGGCUUCCACUCACUCUCUCUGCCCCACCAUUGGAUCUUAUAAGCACCAUGUGCACUGUAAAAACCAGCCCAGCAGGGCAUUCAAACUCACUUCCUGCAUCGCAGACUCUGAGUCUGGUGGGAAAUGACAUCACAGGCUCUGAGUUGGGGCCUGAUGCCAAAACACCCCAAAAACAGUUCAGGGACAGACGGGUACAGAUACAUUUUGACACCAGCGACAGGUGACAGUCCAGUUGCUGAUGUUACAAAACCGAGGGUGCAGCCAGACUACUAGACUGCUGUCUGAAUUGAGGAACUCUGUAGGUAACAAUGAGACAGGCCACAGGACACAGCAGUGACAACCAGAGGAAGAAUGCAACUCAGGCUGAAUCUGUUGUUUUUCUCUCCAACCCUUUGAUGAGUGAUAUUGAGUCAGAUUGGUCCCCCAUUCAUGAUGCAGCCUACAAUGGACGUGUUCUCACACUGAGAAACCUAAUAGCUCAGGGAACGUGUGUCAACCUGGCCACUCUAGAAAGAGUCUCUCCCCUUCAUGGAGCCUGUCUGCAGGGACACACUGCCUGUGCCAAGUUACUGAUAGAAAAUGGGGCAAAUGUGAACGUCCCCACGUUGGAGCAGACCACCCCCCUGUCAGAGGCCUGUGCCCGGGGCCACGUGGCCUGUGUGACCCUGCUCCUCCAGCACGGAGCCUUACCCGAAGGAUACAGCCUCUCAGCCUCCCCCAUCCACCAGGCCGCAGCCAAAGAUCAGGGGUCAUAUUCUGAAGGACAGACUCCUAAUAGAUAGACAGAUCCUCUGCUUAAUCUCUUCUGACUCCGGGAAACCCCCAACCGGGAUUUGGGGAAAACCGGGGAAUUUAUUGAAAGUUCCUGGAAUUUUACAACCCUAUCAGUGGUGCGUCAGCCAAGGAGGUAGCCACAUGAUUAACUGAAGACUGCACAAACUGCAGUGCAGUCUUCAGUUUCAAUAAAUUCCCCGGUUUUCCCCAAAAGUAAUAAAGGGAAAACCCUGUAGAGAUGACAAAAUGUUGCCGAAAAUAACAUAAUGAAGGGAUCACGAUGCGUGUUUUUCUUCUCUCAAAGGUUCAUAUACAGUAGCUAUAGCACUUUGACAAAGAUGAAAGUCAAAACGUGUCAGCUUACAUAAAAUAAAAAAGAGCACCAUUACCUAACAAUGUACUGUUGUUGCAGUAAUUUAUGGGAGAUGCUGUCAUCUUUCCUUUUUUGUAAUACUUAGGAGCAAGAGCAAUUUGUUAAGCCAUGGUCACGUUGAUUUCAUUUGUUAUGUGUAAUGAGAUGUAUCAUUCCUUAGAGUCAGCACUUUUUCAAAGCAGAUCCCACGCACUGUUCUUUAUUCCUUGAAGAUAUCUCUGUCCAGGUCACCCAGAAUGCAUUGAGUCUCAGGUUCAUCACGAGGCAGAUGUUGAUCAACACACUGACCAAUCAGGCUGCCCACUCUACACUGCCUGCACCAAUCAGCAUCUGAGCACUGUGAAGAAAUUGCUUCAGCUAGGUAUGAAAGUGGAUUCUCUUCCAUUUAUCUAGUCUAGAUACUGUAGAAUCUGGACUAGACAUUGACCAGUGUGCUUCUAUCACAAGGUUCUGCUGUAUAUAAUACAUUUUACCAAGAUAGCCACGGCACAUCAAGUACAUGACCAGUAGUGUGGAACGCCUCAUUCCCAAAUCAUGGGCAUUAUAAUGGCGUUAGUCCCCCCUUUGCUGCUAUAAUAGCCUCGACUCUUAUGGGAAGGAUUUCCACUAGAUGUUGGAACAUUGCUGUGGGAACUUGCUUCCAUUGAGACACAAUAGCAUUUGUGAGAUCGGGCACUGAUGUUGAACGAUUAGGCCUGACUCGCAGUCAGAAUUCCAAUUCAACACGAAGGUGUUCGAUGGGGUUGAGGUCAGGGUUUUGUGCAGGCCAGUCAAAUUCUUCCACACCGAUCUCAACAAAUAAUUUCUGUAUGGACCUCACUUUGUGCGUGGGGGCAUUAUCAUGCUGAAACAGAAAAGGGCCUUCCCAAAACUGUUACCACAGUUUGGGAGUUGUGCAAAGCUGUCAUCAAGGCAAAGGGUGGCUACUUUGAAGAAUCUCAAAUAUAACAUAUAUUUUCAUUUGUUUAACACUUUUUUUCCUUACUACAUGAUUCCAUGUGUUAUUGAAUAGUUUUGAUGUCUUCACUAUUAUACUACAAUGUAGAAAAUAGUAAAAAUAAAGAUAAACUCUGGAAUGAGGGUUGACUAGUACUGUAUAGUGUAGGUUGAGGCUUAUUCAUCUAAGGCACUCAUAUGACAUUUAUUGUGCAUACAAAAUCCAUACAUGUUCCACACAAUAUCCAUAAAUAUACGCUCUUGGUCAGGUGCUAGUGUGAACAGCAGUAAGGUUGGGGACUCUCCUCUGAACACGGCAGCCCGUCUGUCCAACCCUGAGCUGAUGUCUGUUCUGCUGGAGCAUGGGUCUGACUGCAGCAGCAGAGACACACAGGGGAAACAACCCCCGGACCUGGCCCCUUGCAACAGCCCCGUGGAGAAAAUAGUGCUGGGCCACAGACGAGGUAGCUAGUCCCCCAAUGGAUCUAUCUGAUACACAACAUUUUUCACAUACUGACCUUAGAGAUCCUUUUUAUGUCUCUAUUUUGGUUUGGUCAGAGUGUGAGUUGGGGUGGGCAUUCUGUGUUUUGUGUUUCUAUGAUUUUCAAUGUUUUGGCCAGGUAUGGUUCUCAAUCAGGGACAGCUGUCUAUCGUUAUCUCUGAUUGGAAACCAUACUUAGGUACCCUUUUUCCCACCUGUGUUUGUGGGAAGUUGACUUUGUUUAGGACACAUAGCGGUUGAGCAUCACGGUUUUGUAGUGUUUAUUGUUUUGUUUGGCGUCAUUUUGAGUUAAUAAAGAAAAUGUACGCUUA